AUGAACUUCCUGAAAAACUCGCGCUCCGUCUUCUCCCGGCUCAAGACUGUCCGGCGAUACUCAAACCUGGCGCAGCCUCAGCCGGCGCGUCCCAGGGUCCUAGACUCGGUCCGAGGGCUCUUCUCCGGCCACGCCAAGCCUGUCGCCGCCUCUCAAACCGCCGCGCAGGCACAGCCCCAAGAAGCAGGGCUCUUCUUCCCGUGGGGCUUGAUCUUCUUUUUCCUCACCUGCAACCGCGAGAAGGUGCCGUGCACCAACCGCGCCCACUGGGUCUUCCUCUCGCCGUCGUGUCACGCCUUGAUGGGGAACAUCAUGUUCGAGAAGAUCGAGGAGAAACGCGGGCCGGCCAUCCUUGGCCCGUCUGACCCCAACACCGUCCGUGUCCGGCAAAUCGCCUCCGGUAUUAUCCGCGCAGCCCAUGACCUCUUCCCCCGCGGCGACGAUGACCACGAUGAUAAGCAGGAGACGCCGGAGCGCCAUGACUUCAAGUGGGAGGUGGUCAUCGUCAAUGAUGGCAAAGCUAAGGCGUACAGCUUGCCCAAUGGUAAGAUUGUAGUCUACACGGGAUUGCUGAACUGCCUAAAGACCGAUGCUGAAAUUGCCGCCCUUAUUGCACAUGAGGCCGGACACGUUGUUGCAAACCAUGACAUGGAGUUCUCAAGGAUCCUUCCGUUCUUUGACACACUAGCCCCGCAAAGGAAUGAGAUGGAGGCGGAUCUCAUCGGGCUGAAGCUACUUGCAGCCGCUGGUUUUGAUACACACGUAGCCCAUGGGGUCUAUGAGACGUUCGGGCAGAUCGGAGGAAACUGGUGGUCCCGAUUUCAUCCUUGGUGUAAGAAAGAAUAA